CAAUUUUUCUUCAAUAAAUUAUGAAAAGAAUACAUAACCUUUUAUUAUUUUCAUAGUGCAAUAAAUUGUGUUUGAAUUAUGGCAACUACAUUACAUAUUCUGAAUCCAAAUGAUAAUUUGAUGAAAAAAUUUCAAGAAACACUACAUGCACAUUUAUUGCAUGUUGAUAAUAAACUUUCAGAAGAAAUAAUCAAUCUUGAAACAUCAAUAAAAUGUGCAGAAAAAGAAUUAGAAUCAGAAGCUAUACAACUUUAUCAAAUGCAGCAAGAUGUUCAACAUCAACAUACAAUAUUACAGCAAUAUAUACAAGCAUUAUCAAAAGUCACAUUUUUAAGAGAAAAAAAAAAUAAUAAUAUAGAAAAUGCUAAAGAAAUUCUAAAACAAAAUUAUUCAAAAUUAAAAGAAGAAAAAGAUAAAAAAGAAAAACUAUCUCAAAAAUUAAAAAAUUUAUUGGAAUUUCAUUCUUAUUUGUCUAAAUGGGAGAAAGAAUUAAAUAAUCAUUUAAUUUUAUCUAAACAAUUGUCAUUACAAGAUAUUAAUAGAAAUAAGAUAUUGAUUAAUAAAAAACAACAAAGAGAUUUUAUAUUAUAUCGAUUAAAAGAAGAAAUAUGGAAAAUUGAAUCAGAAAUAGCUUAUUUUGAUGAGCAAUUACAAAUCAAAAAUAAAGAAAAAGAAGAUGCUAAUAAAAUGAUAAUUGAUGCAAAUACAGAUUUAGAAACUCUGCAUACAGAACAUAAAGAUUUACAUAAUAUAUGGAAAUCUAUAGUAACUAAUAUUUCUAAAAGAAGUAAUAUUCACGAUCAAUUAUAUUUUGAACAAAAAGAAGCACAUAAAUUAUACAAUGGAUUGUUAUUAGAAAUACAAAAAGUAAAUAAAGAAAUAGAAAAAGAAAUGGAAAAUAAUGAAUAUUUGACAUCAUGGAACUUUCGAAUAGAAAAUAAUAUUAAAAUUACAUCACGAGCAAUAUCAGUAUACAAUGAAAAAAUUGCAAAAAAUAAAGAAGAAUUGUUAAACUUAACUAAAAUUAAUGAACAAACAGAAUAUGAUUAUAAUGUUAUACUUAGUAAAUAUCAAAAUUAUCUUUAUGAAGAAGAACAAAUAAAUAAAAAGCUUGAAACUACUUUUCAAAAACAAAAUAAUUUAGAAAAAACAAUAUUUGAAAAAUUGGAAGAAAAAGUUUUAUGCAAUAAGACAACUAAAUAUAUAAAUGAAUUAUUAAUGAGUACAAAAAAUAUUGUAUUAGAACAUGAAAUUUCUAUUGCACGUAUAGAAAAUACAUAUGGAAAUAAUCUGUUACAAUUAGAAAAACUUAAAAAUCUCAUUGAAAUUAAAAAAACAGAAUUAUUGGAACUGACACAGAAGAAUACUGGGAAAGAAAAACAAAUAGAUGAAUUACAAAAGGAAACAAAAAAAUAUGAAGCAAUGAUAGGAAAGUCACAAACAAAACUUCUUGGAAUAAAUAAACUUAUUGAACAGAUAUUACCAAGUAUUGGUGGAGAAGAAUUGAGUCCACAAGAUUUAAAAAUUGUUAGUUUAGAAAAAAAUAUUCAAGAACUUCAACAAAAUAUUAAAAAAGCACAACAAUUUUGGUUGCGUCAACAAGGUUUUUUUGUUUCAUUAAGUCAACAAAGAGAAUCACAGUUAAGAGAAUUAAAUCUUCUUGAAAAGGAAAUUAUGAUAAUAGGACAAAAAAAUUUUAAAUUGGAAUAUGCAUUAGAAAUGCUUACAAAGGAAGAAGCAAAUGUAAAUAAAAUUAUAAUUUCUCUUAAUCAAAAAUUAUCCCGUAUGAAUUCAAAUUUAGUAGUACAAAAAGAUUUAGAAAAAGAAUUGGAAGAUAAAAAUUGUAUAAUGAAAAAUGAAUGUCUUUUAUCUUUUCAAGAAUUAGAAUUAGAAGUUAUAAAAAUACAAAGUGAUUUAAAAAAUUUAUGUACAGAGAAAAUUAUACUUAAGGAAGAAUUAAAUUCUGCACAACAAGAAAGUUUAGCAUGGGAAAAAAAGGUACAAUUGUUACAAGAUACGAUUAAAAAUAUGAAAGAAGAAUCAAGUACUGGAGGUAUAGCUUCAAUGAAAAGUGAAAUUCAUAGAAUGGAAAUGAGACUUUCUUAUUUAAAAAAAAUUCAAGAAAAAUUAAUUCACGAUAUGAAUCUUUGUAUUACAAGAAGAGAUAUUAUAGUUGACAAAAUGUUUGGUAAACUUAAAAAGAAUCCAAAAGUAAAACAUAACGAAAAGAUUAUAAUGUAUAAACGUUUAUCUGAUCAAAAAGUAAAAAUCAAACAACUUUUAAAAAUUACAAAACAAACUGGCAAUAUGAUAGAAAAAUUAAAAAUUCAAAUAACAAGCAUUCAGAAUAAAUUAAUUAAAUGUCAAGAAUUUUUACAAAAUCUAAAAAUACAUGUUCAAACUAUAGAAAACGAAAUUGAACAAAUGGAAUUAUUAAAAUAUCACAAUUUACAUAGUUUAGUUCUUAAGCAAAGAAAAGUAAAACAAUUAUAUGAUAUAAAAAAUGGUAUAUAUAAAAUGAUUUAUAAAAACGAAAGUAUAAUUGAAGAAAAUUUGCAAAGAGAACAUUAUUGUAGAGAAUAUUUAAAAUGUACAUUAGAAAAAACUAAUCAUGAUUUUCCAACAUUAAAAAAUAGCAUAAAAAGAGUAUUGCUUACUUUGCAAACAUUUUAAAA